AUGAAAUUCUUUUUUCCUUUUCUAUCAAUAUUUUUCUUUUUCUUUUUUAUGAAAUUCUUUUUUCCUUUUCUAUCAAUAUUUUUCUUUUUCUUUUUUAUGAAAUUCUUUUUUCCUUUUCUAUCAAUAUUUUUAUCUUUCUUUUUUUAUGAAAUUCUUUUUUCCUUUUCUAUCAAUAUUUUUCUUUUUUUUUUUUAUGAAAUUCUUUUUUCCUUUUCUAUCAAUAUUUUUCUUUUUCUUUUUUAUGAAAUUCUUUUUUCCUUUUUUAUCAAUAUCAAUUUUUUCCUUUUUUCAAUAUUUUUCUUUUUUUUUAUGAAAUUCUUUUUUUUUCCUUUUCUAUCAAUAUUUUUCUUUUUUUCUUUUUUUUUGAAAUUCUUUUUCCUUUUCUAUCAAUAUUUUUCUUUUCUUUUUUAUGAAAUUCUUUUUCCUUUUCUAUCAAUUUUUUUUCUUUUUUUUUUAUGA